UGAGAAAGACGUUCACAUUUUAUUCUCUGGAGCAUGCAAUUUCACCGAUGAGAAAUCGCGAGAAUAUUUGCACAAAGAGGAUGGCUGGCCACGAAUCAGACGGCGACAAGGUCGUCCUCAAGAGGAAGGUCACCCUCCUAAACGGUAUCUCCAUCAUCGUUGGCUCCAUCAUUGGAUCCGGCGUGUUCGUGUCCCCCGGGGGCGUCCUGGCCUACGCGGGAUCGCCGGGGGCAGCGCUGGUCCUGUGGGGCGUCUGCGGCGUGUUCUGCACCAUCGGCGCCCUCUGCUUCAG